AGAUUGGCAACGCAAGCACUUGCCGUUAACUGCUGUUUGACGUCAAUUUAGUGCUAUAUAUGUGAAUUUCAGGUACUGAAAUUUAGUAAUCAAUCAUGUUAAUUAAAGUUAAGACUCUUACUGGAAAAGAAAUAGAAAUUGAUAUUGAGCCUACAGAUAAGGUUGAAAGAAUAAAAGAAAGAGUGGAAGAGAAGGAAGGAAUUCCACCUGCCCAACAAAGAUUGAUAUUUAGUGGAAAACAAAUGAAUGAUGAAAAAACAGCUGCAGAUUACAAAGUGACUGGGGGAUCUGUAUUACAUUUGGUGUUAGCCCUAAGAGGUGGAAAUCACAUCAUAAGUUCAUUUAUUAUGCUUUAGUGAAAGUAUGUUAUAGUGGACUCUUUUUCAAUGGAAAUGCAGCAUGCACAGUUUGUGCACAUGUGAAUAUCAUAAAAUGUUUGCUUAAUUUACUUACUUCCUGCUAAGAUGGUUAAAAACAUUUUGAACAUUGCUGCAUUUCUUCCUUGUGUUACAUCAACAUUAAUAUUCAGUUGUAAAAUUCUGUUAUGUGAAUCAUAAUAAAUUCUUGCAAAAAAUAAUUUGUGAUUCUUUACAAAUAGAAAUUUAUCACAGCAGAAAUAAUUGAAUUAUUUUUUAAAUCCGUUAUGACAUAGUGAUAAUAUAUAUUCCUUGAUAUAUUCGCCUGAUGUCUUAAUGUAAAUUUAUUUUCUAUCAAUAUGUUUUCCUGUAUUCUAAAUUUGUUUAGUGAAGCAAA